CGUUCCUGAAGGGAUUGUGCCGGUGUGUUAUCAAACACGAUUGCCUCUUUCUUUCGCUUGGAUUUAGGAAAUAUCUUUCGUUAUUUAACAAAUGAAAGCAGGGCAAGAUGUUAAAAUGGUUGCAGAUAGUGCCUAGAACGUGUAGUACCGCACCAUCGCGUGCGCUAUUCGUGGACCGACGAGUGCAGUGUGCUUUUCGCGUCGAUGAUCAACAAUCACCCAACAGCGUGACGAACAAGGAUGAUCUUCCGCUCCCACUGGAACCGCUCGAUGAUUCGAUAUCGGCAGCCACGGCGCUGUGGCGCAAGCAGGAGCUACUGGCCCGCCUGAAGAACCUGUUAAAUUGCAGUAGCGAACAGACGGAACAGCUAUACAAGGCUAACCGGAAGGCAUUGCGUGUGUUUGCGCCAAAAAUGCUAACCGAUAACAUCGAGGUACUACGUGCGAACGGAGCGGAAGACAGAUACAUCUACGAAGAUCCGAGCAUCCUCUCGAUUCCCACAGCGGAAUUGUUAGCAAAGAUAGCAGUGCUCAAGGAAAUGCCCGGCUUGCGCGUGCUAUCCGACAUGGGCCCGUUUCUGAAGCUGCCGAUGAAGUCGCUGGAAUGGAUCAUAAACCACGCGCGAGCUGAAACGAUCGAGGAGGGCAACCGGGUUUACUAUGUCAGCCAACGAACCAACACGGACAUCAUUACGGUGGCAAAGUUCUUCGCCUCGAACUUUCGCGUGUACCGGAUCGCGACGGAAAAGUUUGUCACGAAUUUGAACAUCUGUCUCGAGCACCUAGACCCCGCCGAUGUGGUACGGCACCUGUCGGUGCUGGGCUACGCCUCUUCCUCGAUACAGGAGCGACUGAAGGCAUUGAAGAACUCUCCCCUAGAAAAGGUGAAACCAUGGAUGGUACGGGUACCGGAUAUCGCUCUUGGCAAAUCCUUCGAAGCUGUGUUGGAGAAGGGCAAGCAACCGGUGUUCAAGGAUGCGGUCACAGGCGUUUGGUUUGAAACGUUCGUGCACAAACGAACAGAAGCGCUGUUGGGCUGCUCUGAAGAGACGGCACGUGAGAUCCACGAGCGUUGCAAGGGAUCCGUUUCGCAGGUGGAUAAUAUAGAGUAUCUCCUGGAAAAGGGAGUGUCGGCGUCGAUAAUCCAUAAGAAUGCUUCCGUUUUGAAUGCCAAGCGUGAAGAUCUACAGCAGAAGGUGGUGGCCCUGGAGGGAUUAAAAUGUCUGCGAGACAUCAACGAUGUGAUACCGCUGUGCGCGAUCAAACCGUUUCAGGUGAAAAAGAUCGUGACCAGUUUAAACGACGAACGACUGGACGCGACAUCCAAUACGAAUCGGAUUUACUUUUUCGCUGACAGCACGGGCCUAGCACCAGGCGACGUGGCCGCACAGUUUGCCCGCCGUACCUUCAUGUUCCGCGUACCCAAGGAAAACUUUCUCGAGAACCUGAAGCUCUUUCUACAGUACAUGAAUCGAGAGGACAUACUGGCCGAUCUGUGGGCAUUCAAAUACUCGCCAGCCAUCGUCGCAGAACGGAUUGAGCGUACGAGGCAAGUGCGGGGCAAGAAGCUGAUGCCCUGGAUGGUGCGCUGUCCGGAUGUGGUGCUGGAAAAAUCACUGCAGCUCACCAAGGAAAGCGGUGCCCUGCUGGGGGAGAACGAAACGAUUGUCGAGUAUUUCUGCAAGCGGUUGGGCUUCAGUCCGGAGGUAGCGAACGCGAUCAUCAUCAAGACGCCAGCGGUGCGCAACGUCCGGAUCAUGAAGGUGAAGAAGGUGAUCGAUUACUUACUGGAUGAGCUGGAUUACACACCACACGAUAUCGCCCUGAAUCCGCGCAUCCUGAUGCACAGUUUACAGACGACGAAGAAGCGGAUGGAGCAGCUGAAGGCGAUCGGUUGUCGCCCGAAAUCGUUGAUCAUCGUGUGCAAAAGCGAACGGCAGUACGAUCUAUUCGUGAAGGAAUGGGAGGCGGCCAAAGACCGGUUGCAACAGUAUGGCUGAUGUGUAGGCAAUUCACUAAUUUGUUGUACAAAACGAGAUAAAGCAUGUAGUUGAAACUGAAGAAGCAAACCCUUAACGCAAAAA